UGCGCGUGUCCGCGGUGCCGUAGCUGAGUUGGCUGGCUGGUUGCCUGUUAUACAGAUGGGAGGAUAGUAGGAGGAAGAAGACCAGAGAGUAGCAAUUGGUGUGGAGAAGCAGUUACAGAAGCUACAGAACAUGGGAUUACACUGCUGUGACUUCAAAAAACAACAUGUAUGUGUCGAAAGCAAUUGACACAGAUGCCUAAGUAUUCCUGGUAGAUGUCACAAUGUGUUGCUGGUUAGAAAUGGUUACCCGGAAGACAAAAUGAUUCAUGGUGGUUUAAUCAGUGAAGAGAAAAAAAUGCAAAAAUCCUUGGGAUUAGGCUGUACCAACAUCCUCUAGCCUUGAGAGGUGAUAGAAAUAAAGUCAGAGUGUUGGAUAGCAGUAUGAGCUUCCUUAUUCUCAACGAACCCAUCAGGAACUCAAAGAGUACACAUGAUCAACAGUUGUCCUAUGUCUCCAAUGCCAUAUCAGUCCGACAGGUUUAUGUCGUUGCUACAAACCAUGGUGUCAUCAGGAUUUUCCAAGCUUCAGGAAGAACGACUUGUGAUGUCAGAACUCAAUAAGCCAGAUGGUUUGCAGUCUAAUUUUAGGUCUGAUCCUUCUCACUUGGAGAUCCGUCGACAUUCUGACAGAGGGCAAACUUCAUCUUCUUUCUGUGAAAAUGGCGACUGCUCAUAUUCAGAGACUGAUGCCAUGCUUCCUCAAGGAAGGCUGUCAGAAGAGGAAGACGAGACUGAGAAUACAGUUACAGCCCAUAGAAAAAUGCCUAAAGAAUCUCUUAUUGCAAUGGCUCUCCAGAUUCUUCUGCCAUUUCUUUUGGCAGGAUUUGGCACAGUGUCUGCUGGCAUGGUACUUGAUGUAGUUCAGCACUGGGAGGCCUUCAAGAAUAUCACUGAAAUUUUCAUCUUGGUUCCAGCACUUCUAGGUCUAAAGGGUAAUCUAGAAAUGACUUUGGCAUCAAGAUUAUCCACUGCUGUAAAUGUUGGAAAGAUGGACUCUCCUAUUGAAAAAUGGAAUCUAAUAAUAGGAAAUCUGGCACUUAAACAGGUCCAAGCAACUGUUGUAGGAUUUCUUGCAGCACUGGCAGCUGUAAUUCUGGGCUGGAUCCCAGAAGGCAAAUUUCAGGUUGACCAUGCUGUACUUCUGUGUUCAAGCAGUGUUGCUACUGCUUUCAUUGCUUCUCUUUUGCAAGGUAUUAUCAUGGUUGGUGUUAUUGUUGGAUCCAAGAAGACUGGAAUUAAUCCUGACAAUGUUGCCACCCCAAUUGCUGCAAGUUUUGGGGAUCUUAUAACUCUUGCUAUUUUAGCAUGGAUCAGCCAGGGUCUUUACAAUUGCCUAGUGCCAUACCCCUAUAUUUCUUCAUUAGUAUGUGCCUUCUUCUUGGCUUUGACUCCACUGUGGAUCAUUAUUUCAUCAAAGCACCCUGCAAGUCGUACACUACUGUACUCUGGAUGGGAGCCUGUUAUUACAGCCAUGAUAAUAAGCAGUAUUGGAGGACUCAUUCUGGAUAAAACAGUGUCUGAUCCAAACUUGGCUGGAAUUGUUGUUUACACGCCAGUAAUUAAUGGGAUAGGUGGUAAUUUAGUGGCUAUUCAGUCUAGCCGGUUUUCCACCCAUCUCCAUUUUCAUUGCAUUCCUGGGGAAGUUCCAGAAGAAGCUAAAGGCUGCUAUUACCCAUGCAGGACCUUCUGUGGUUCAGGUGCAAAUCACAGAUCAGCCCAAGUGUUGCUUCUCCUGGUGGUCCCUGGUCAUUUAAUCUUUCUGUAUACAAUUCACUUGAUGAAAAGUGGUCACACAACCCUCACUCCUAUUUUUAUGGCUGUAUACCUGACUGCUGCACUCCUACAGGUUUUUGCCCUCCUGUGUAUUGCAGACUGGAUGGUUCAUUGUAUGUGGAAGAACAGUAAAGAUCCAGACAGCUUUUCCAUUCCAUAUCUGACUGCUCUCGGAGAUCUUCUAGGAACAGCAAUGCUGGCUCUUGGCUUUCACUUUCUUUGGCUCAUUGGAGAUCAAGACAGUGAUGUUGGGGACUGAGCAUGAAGCACUAUACUUGGCCUAUUCAAUAUUACCGCAGUGCGGUGCUAUAAAUAAUCACCUGGAUCGUCUGCUGGGCUGUACUUUUUUUCUUAGGGAGCAAAUAGUAAAGUCUGACUGACACAGGAUGUCAUCUUUGAACUUACUUAAGCUAACACGAAUCUUAGAAUGUAUAAAUCUUCCCAAUAAUGUUGCUAGUAUAAGGGGUAUCAAGGUUAUAUGACACUGACAAUUGAAAGGCUUAAACAUGCUUUUAGCUAAAUUUGUAUUUAAAUAAUAUUGAUUUUUAUAUUUUAAGUGGAGCUGUAAAGUAUUUCUUUGGCAUCCCCAGUGGGAUUUUCCAAUCUAUUGUUUGUAUUCAGAAGGAUUUACAUACACAGGAGAAAUUCUAUACAUAAACCCACCGUGGCUAAAGAAACAGCAGUAUAAUUCCCUGAUACUCACUCCAUAUUAUCUGUUUAAUAGAACGUGCAAUAUAAAAGAAUCUAAAUUAUAGAGAUCCAUUGAAAUAAUGUGGGUUUUACAAGUAAUACAAUAUCCUUUUAUUAGAAAAGUUUUCAUUCAUAUUUGUCCAUGUACAAAAUCCCUAAAUGUUUCAUCUGACAGCAGUUAAUGAUCACUAACGGCACAUAAAUGGACUGUUGAGAAGAUGUAAAAAACAAAUGGCAACACCAUAUGUAAAAAUGGAGUACCUUCUAUUUUGAAACAUUUAUAGACACAUCUGAGCGUCAGUGAUUAUUGAAAUGCAUGGGACUUAUAGUCACCAAGUAACCAAGCUGUUUUCAUGUUGAUGGUGGUGUUGCUCAGGAAAGUAACACUCUUGGCCAUGGGCAGCAUGCUGACUAAGUUUAGUUAACAGCCACUCGUUACUGAUUUUCCAACAUUGUGUUAUUAGGUUGCCUUACUAUGGUUUUUGUUCUUGUGCCAUACAUGGUUAAAUGUAAAUAAUCUUAGUACUUUGGGAAAUUUAACUGUUAUGGGACUGAUCCUCCAAUUAGCUGUGACCCACCCAAUCUCACUGAGAUUGCAUAGGUGGUGAAUCAGCUGAGGGUAGGAAAGGCUUCAGGGAUCUGUGAUAUCCGGGGUGAACUUCUCCAGGAUGGUGGUAAGACUGUCCUCCUUGCAUUGCAAGCAAUCUUAGCUUCCAUUUGGGAGAUGGGCAUCAUCCGAACUGACUGGAAAACGGGACUUGUUGUCCCUAUCUGGAAAGGGAAGGGUGAUCUUCUGGAUUGCCGCAACUACAGGGGGAUAACACUACUCUCGUUGCCGGUGUAAGGUCCUUGCUAGGGUCAUCAUCAAUAGGAUCCAUGAUCACUUGCUGACCUACCAGCGACUGGAUUAGUCUGGUUUUACGCCUAAGAAGCUUACAGUCGACCGCAUCCUGGCACUGAGGUUUCUGAUCGAACUCUAAUGUGAAUAUUGGCAGUUUCUUUGCAGCUUUUAUUGAUUUUCAGAAAGUGUUCAGCUCAGUUGAUCAAGCUGCCCUGUGGGACAUUCUGAGACUUUGUAGGAUCCCCUGAAGUUACUGGAUAUCAUGACUGCCCUGUACACUGGUACUGUGAGUGCUGAGCAGAGUUGAGGCAGAACCUCCGCGUUUUUCCUAGUUGAUUCUUGGGUUUGUCAGGGGUGUGUUCUUGCUGCUACCUCUGUUCAAUGCUUGCAUCUGUUCAAUGCUCGUCAUGGAUAAAAACCAAGAUCCAGGCCUUUAAAGACCUCUUGGGCACAGCCAUCAGCAGUAUAUAUGUCUGCAGGGAGAAUGUCAACCUUGUUGAGAGGUUUAUUUACCUCAGCAGCGACAUUCAUGACUCUGGUGACUCUUCCUAUGAAGUCAGUAGAUGGAUUGGCAGAGCACUGGGAGUCAUGAGGUUGCUGGAAAGGAGUGUGUGCCGCUCCCAAUAUCUUUGCAAAAGGAUGAAGGUCCAAGUCUUUAGAGACCUGGUACUUCCUGUUUUGCUAUAUGGUUGCGAGACAUGGACGCUAUCCAGUGACCUGAGACGAAGACUGGACUCCUUUGGUAAUGUGUCUCUUCAGAGAAUCCUUGGGUAACAUCUGGCUGUGGUAGAUAGGUGUAAUUUCUGGAGGGUGGGACUGAACUAUAUGUCUGCCUGGGGGGAUGCCAACUGGGAUCCUGAGCUGUUUCAUCAUGUAGUGGGUGCGGCAAUGCGCUGUACGGGUGCAUGCUCCCCAACCCAUCCUGACCUGGAUCUUGAGUUCACAGUUUUGCAGAAGAGAAUGCUUAGAUUGGGCUGGCAUUGUGUCAUUCAGUAUUCAGCAGUCUUAUUCUGGAUGCAUUUCACUAGCUAUAUUGUAUAUUUGUUCAAACAGAGAAUACCCUUAAUUUUUAUAGCACUAACAUUUUAUUACUCUCUACUGUGUUUUAUAUUUCAUUUUCUUGUUUUGCCUUUUUAAUUACAUUGCUAUAGUAGAGUUAUUUUAUAUAAUCAAUCUAUAUUUCAUUUUUUUCUAAUGCAUUAAAAAAGUGGAUUCCUGUUCAGGAAUUUUAUACGUCCUCGUUUUUUUAGCAUUUCUGGUAAUUUUACUUAUUCUUAUGCUUCAGUUCAUUGAAGCAAAUAUUGUACAUUGAAAUCCAUAAUAUAGGGUAUAAUAAUAAAAUUACCUACUUAUACUACUUAUGUUUUCUAAGGGCAAUGUGCAGUAAGUUUAGAUUAUUAUUUUUGGAGGUUGGGUAUAUGUGUAAAGUUUGUUUUCUUUUUCAUACAUUUUUCCACAAUUAAUAAGAGUAAGGACCAAUUUUAUAUACAGUAAGGUAUAUGUUAUAUUUCAAUUAGUUUACUUCUUUUUAUUAAUAUAGUAAUUAAGACAUAAAUAUAUGUAAUGAGUAGCUAUUGUUAAAAAAUACUGAAUUUUCAAGCAAAUUUUUUUUCAUUUGUGCAUAAAACCAUAUUUGUGAAUAUGACCUGGACACAGACAGGCAUACACGUUUGUAUUACCCCACACACGUUUAUUGUGGUCUUCCAUUUCUUUACAACACUUCUCUCGCUAACCCCAAUACCCCAAAGUUCUUGCCAACACACAAUGACUUUCUCUUCUUCAGGCCGCCUCCUUCUCUCCUCCUGAGACCUUGUCCUUCUUCACUCCCAACUCAAGUCAUCCUCUGAAGGGGGGCGGCCCCUUUAUAUAAGCGCCCAGAUGUACUCCAAGUGUGUUCCCGGCAAUCUCCCACUGACACACCCCAGUGUGGCGGAAGUGUCGGCUGUAUCCCCGGAAGCACUCUGGGUGUCCCUGCUCGUCUUCCCCCCAGCACUUCUGGGUGUGGCGGAAGUGCUGAGGUCCAGGGUCCUGCAGGUAUUGGGGUGCCCCCUGGCGGUGACCACGGGCCCCUACAGGGUCGAGCUUCCCAGCUCUGUACCCAUGGCCCCCAGGGUGGUCGCCCCCUUGUGGUCUGGAGGAGGCAGAAGCCCUCCUCCGGUCUUCUUGGGCGUCCCAGCUGGAUACCACCCCCAUCCGGGUACCACACAUUUAAAAAUAAACAGUGGAGGUAAGGAAAACUACUGUUACAUACAUUUUACCUAUUAACUUGAAUAGUAUAUGCUUUUGGCAUUCAGCAAUAUUUGUGAGUCCUCACUAAUUUAGAUGACGUGCUCUGAAUAUAAACCAAGAUAAAUUUUUGUCAGUCUGCUCGCAACUGGUUUAACCAUAUAAAUAUGAAUGGACCUGGACAAAGUGAUAGAACUGUAGAUUUUAACAUUCUCUUGUAGAAUGCUAAAUGUGAUGAAACAGCAAAAUACAACAGGGUUUCCAUAUUAUGCAGUAGUUCAGUGUUGGACAGUGCUUCCUGUGGUCAUUGCCAUCCCUUCAGCCCACCCUAAGGUAAAGGUAUAUGAUAGAAGUGAAAUCUGAUCUGGACUGAAAAGCAAAUCUCAGCACACACAGCUGUUAACUGCGGCUAACACAGACCUCUGGGAUACACUCUAUUCUAAUGCUGUAAAUUGAAAAUGAAUACAUCUGAGUGUAUAUAAAUAUAUAUACACAUGUAUAAAUACACACAAUUGUGUGUGUAUAUGUACUGUGUGUGUAAAUAUAUGUAUGUAUAUUUUUAAAUUUUGAAUGUAUAUGUUGCAUUAUGUCUGUUUUACUCAAUGUUACUUAUUUAUAAAUGUGUAUGGCACAUAAAAAAAGAAAAGAAAAAGAAAUGGCUUUUGGAUUGUGCACUGGAGAUGCUUUUUGCCAGUGCAAAGUGGUGAAAAUGUCAGCACCACUGCUGGUCUGAUUGCAUUUUGUCGCCUACAUGGUGCCCAGUGCACUGAAUGCAGUUAAGUGAGUUUGUAAAUGGUGUAAGUGUUAUGUGGGCCAAAUAAAACACAAUAUCCAAGUUUACAAAUGGCAGCCAAACACAGAGAAGCACAGUAUAUACUGGCACAUUAUUUUAGGUCCACAUUUAAUCUAUUUGGUUAUUUUAAGCACUGUUCCUGUAUUUCAGAAUGUAUUAUUUUGCUGUUUCAUUCACACCUUUCGGUGGCUGCGCAAAUAUAAAAAAAACAAGACAAUUUUGUUGAUCUUCAAUGGUUACUAAUAGAUUACAUGUGGUACUUCUUGGCUGUCACUUUACGUGGUUUGCUUGGGAGUCCACAAAGUCUUAUUUCUUUUGAAUUGAUUGCAUCUUUUAUUUAUUUUUUACUUUUUACUUAUUAGCCACUGAUUUUUUCAUGUUAAAAAUAUGUACAUUUGUGUUAUUGAGACACUUAUGAUUUUCUUAUUAACAUUUCUAAACUCAAGUUUUAAAACAUUCUGUUUUUGAUUUCUGUCUAAUAUGCAAAAUAUUGGCACUGGUAAAACUGAAACAUUGACAUUUUAAAAAGUUGUGUUGAUA